CGGACGGCGGCGCCGCACUCCGCCAGCCCCGCGACCCUCCCCGGAGCAGCGCCCCGCGCCCUCUGCCCUCUGCCCGCGCCGGCACUCCGCUCCGCACCCCGAAACCCGCAGCCCUCGACUCCGGUUCCCGGCAGCCCGUCCCCUCGGCGGCCCCCGCACCCCGAGCGGCCGCCCCGGGCGGCGCGUCCCCGAGGCCGCCCGGCCGGUCCCGUCCACCGGGUUGACGCGCACAUCGGUGCGUCCGCUCGCGGCGCCAUGCCGUUCCUCGGGCAGGACUGGAGGUCCCCCGGGCAGAGCUGGGUGAAGACGGCCGACGGCUGGAAGCGCUUCCUGGAUGAGAAGAGCGGCAGCUUCGUGAGCGACCUCGGCAGCUACUGCAACAAGGAAGUGUACAACAAGGAGAAUCUUUUCAACAGCCUCAACUAUGACGUGGCGGCCAAGAAGAGAAAGAAGGACAUGCUGAACUGCAAAACCAAAACUCAAUAUUUUCACCAAGAAAAAUGGAUCUAUGUUCACAAAGGAAGUACUAAAGAGCGCCAUGGUUAUUGCACAUUGGGGGAAGCUUUCAACAGGCUGGACUUCUCCACCGCCAUCCUGGACUCCAGAAGAUUUAACUACGUCGUCAGGCUGUUGGAACUGAUAGCGAAGUCACAGCUCACAUCCCUGAGUGGCAUUGCCCAAAAGAACUUCAUGAACAUUUUGGAAAAAGUGGUACUGAAAGUCCUGGAAGACCAGCAAAACAUUAGACUAAUAAGGGAGCUACUCCAGACCCUCUACACGUCCUUGUGCACAUUGGUGCAAAGGGUCGGCAAGUGCGUGCUGGUCGGGAACAUUAACAUGUGGGUGUACCGAAUGGAGACGAUUCUGCACUGGCAGCAGCAGCUGAACAACAUUCAGAUCACCAGGCCUGCCUUCAAAGGCCUCACCUUCACCGACCUGCCUUUGUGCCUGCAACUGAACAUCAUGCAGAGGCUGAGCGACGGGCGCGACCUGGUCAGCCUGGGCCAGGUGGGCCCCAACCUGCACGUGCUCAGCGAGGACCGGCUGCUGUGGAAGAGGCUCUGCCUGUACCACUUCUCCGAGCGGCAGAUCCGCAAGCGAUUGAUUCUGUCGGACAAAGGACAGCUGGAUUGGAAGAAGAUGUAUUUUAAACUUGUGCGAUGCUACCCACGGAAAGAGCAGUAUGGAGACACCCUACAGCUUUGCAAACACUGUCACAUUCUUUCCUGGAAGGACUUUAUCAACUUGUUCAAGUUCUGAAUCACAGCCCAUGACAACACUUCCGAAGGGCUCCCUGCUGAUUGGAUGUUGGGAAUACAGAGUUUGGACACUUCAUUUGUAAAUAGUGUACAUUUUAAACAUUGGCUCGAAGCUUCUGAGAUAAGUCACGGAGAGGACACUGGAGGGGAGAAACGCAGUCGCUGGCUGGGAACUUAAGAAUAUGGACUUCUCAUUAGAAUUGGUAUGGAAAAGCAGAAAUACUGUAAAUAAACUUUAUUUUCCCUAAAGAUUUGCCAGCAAGAUGAUAAGGGCAGGAGUUCCGUGUCAUCGGUGAAAGUGGAAUUCUCUUGAUGGUCACGGGAACUCCUGUAUAUAGAGUUCCUCAGAGAUGUGGAAGAAGAGGGCAAAACUCGAAUACAGGAUAGAACACGCUUUGUUUACAAUGUGAAAAUGUGUUUUAAAAAGAAAAAAAGAAGAAAAACUGCAGAUGAGAAAUCCCUGGGCUUUUGGUUUUGAUUUUGGGUUAGCUUUGAAAAGGCAACGGAAGUACCACCCAUCUUACCCCGCUACGGGCACACAUAGGGCCUUAUCUUAUGAAGAUAUCACACAAUAGUCUACCUCGGAAAGCAUACAGCGAUCUCUCUGACACAGUGUGUCGUCCAGUAGGCAGUGUCUGUGCGUCUCGUUUUCUCAUCGGAUAAAAAGUGAUUGAAAAUGGAGGGGGUCUUGGAGGCAGUCCUCAUUAGGCUCCUUGGGAGGUGAAGGGGGCAGUCUUCAGAGUUGCCUCUCUACUAGAACAACCUCAAAACAUGCAGGCCUUUUAUCCUUUUGUGUCAUAGCUCAUUCAGGGCAACAGAAGGCCAAUUAAAAACCAUCCCAGAGGAUGUCCAAUCACAGAAAAGAUAAUUAGUCACCCCCUGCUGUUUAAUUCUUGGCAUGUCUGCUUCCUGGGGCAUCUUCUCGGAUAAGCGUCAGCGUAUCUGUGUGGACUGGUCGGAGCCAGAGUGCUGAUAAAAGCCUGUGAAGCAGGUUUGACCUGUCAGUGGAACCCUUCCUCUCGAUGGGUGAUGAGCUGAGGAGCUUUCUUUUCGUUACGCCCCACGUCUAAAUGUGCGACCUGCGCGAGGGCUUCUUGCAGGAUGAUAACAUAAAGCCUGGCGUUCCAGCCAAAUAGGGAACAGAGGUGCUUAGAGUUCAUCCUAAACAUGCUUUGUACCCCAGGGGAUCUUGCUUGGCCAAUACCAGUAGGUAACUACGUGGGAGAAAAAUCUCAGGACGUAAUGAGUUCGUUAUCAAAUAUUCCUGGGAUAGGGUGGGGAGUGUUUUUGUUUUUUACUUUUUAUAGAACUUUGCUUUUCUACAAUAAUGUACAUAUUUUUGCCAUUGUAUUUGCUUUGCCUUUUUUUUUUCUUGUAAAUAAAGUUGCCACCCUGCAUGUGCUUGGAAAAUAAGUGAAGCAAAAUAGGAACUUGGUUCACAUCCACUCUGAGAGUCAGUGAAUCCUUAGGGGUUGAACUUGGGGUGACCUGAAGAAGGGAAAGAUGGGUAGGCAUGUACAGAAACAAGCCCAGGGACCAGCUAGUGAUGCGGGGCCUUCGCAUGCCCUUCCCUCAACACGCAGCUCAAGUACCAACAUUUGGAAGAGAAGCCAGUUGUUAGUCGAUGCUCCUCACUUUGCAAUGUUUGUGCCCACACCACGGUUUCUCAGUAAUUUUUUCAUGACCACCCUCCAAGAAGAAAAAAUUAAAUUGAAUUUAAAUUCUCCCUAAUGAGAAAAAUUAAAUAUUAAACAAAAUUUUAUUGGGUGAUAUUGAGCUUUGGAGUGCCACAAACCAUUGUAAUACUGAGAGGUGUUUGCUCUCCUCUCUCCGCCGAGUCAAGGUCACACUGAGAAUGCAGGCUCUACACUGAGGAAUUAAAAAGCUUCCAUAAUUCAGACAGCUUUUCUCAAGUGUCUCGGCUUUCUUAAAGUUGUGGGGUGAGAGCUUUGGAACCUUUGUUUAUAAUUUUAGGGUUAGGUGUUCAUGGCCUUCCACAUCUUCCCACCAACUCGUGACCUCUGACCCUUCAAGUUGAUCAAGGAGGUGGCAGCUCUUGGGCACCUUCAGGUUUGCAGUCCCAGAAAUGUCACCUGCUCUGGACUCUCAGCACAAAGCUGGCGAAUCAGCCUCGGUGGGACUGUCCGCAAUGCUCAUGCUUGCUCAAGGCAAGGUGCAUGGGUGCAAGGCAACCCCUACCACAAGUGACAGGGUUAUGGUUUUCUGAGAUGUUUGCCUAGAUGGUGUCUCUGGGCUCUCCCAUCUCCUCUGGCCUCACUGGAGGUGGUGUGUGACAGUCAAGAGGAAUUUUUAAGG